AUGGAAAGUGUCCAUGAUUUGGUUUCUGGAAAAUACUUCUUGCUACUGGCAAUGAACGUCAAGAGCCAGUUGGCAGACUUUAUGCCACAACUGAUGCAGUUGCAGCAAGGUAUGGCCAGUUGUGGCUUGUUGGAUUCCGUAAAGAACAACCCAAAACUUUGGGAAGCUGUUUUCAUAGAUGUGCCUGGCCCAAAUGCCACAACUGGAGAGUAUUUGGAGAACUUGGUAGCGGUCUUCAGUGAAUCCCAGGUCCUCAAGAAUGAAGAAAUAGAUGUGUACAAGCUGUUUAGUGACUUCAUCGAAUCUUUGACAGAAGAAGGAGACCUUACUAUCUCGCACUUGUUGAAGUGGACGACAGGAUCACCAUCAGUUCCUGUCCUGGGAUUUGGCAAGCCCUUUUCAGUUGCCUUUGUGCAUUGCCAGGAUGGUUGCAGGUGCAGGCCAACAGUGUCAACCUGUGACAUUGUAGUAAAGCUUCCUGUCCACAUCAAAAGUGAGGAAGAGAUGCUAGCGAUGAUGACAUCUGCUGUCAAGGAUAGCUCAGGAUUUGGUCUAGUGUAGUUUAGUUUUAUCUGUCUGCUGGAACAAUGUUUCGUUACAGUUUAUGAGACAGUGAUAUUUUCAGCAAUUGACUGGAAAAAGUGUUUGUUAUCUAGAAUUUAGUACCAAAUUUUGUACCAAAUUUUUGUACCAUGGCUGUC